GCAGAAUCACAUGACCUUCAUCACAUGAUGCCAAGGCAGAAUUGGUAGCCUAAACCACGGUAACGCUGUGCAGUUUGGAUAUGGAUUUUUAAACAAUUAUCCGCUAUUUAAAGGGUAUUAGUAAGUAAUAGUAAGUAAAUUGUUGUUUUAGACACAAUUCAUAUGUCAGUGCUUGUAACUAUUGACUUAGGUCAAAACACAUCAAAUAUGACACUUGCAGAAACUCUCAAAUAAUAGGCCUAUAACUAGCACUCUAGUACUGUUUACCUAUAUGAUAACUAGUACUUUACUAAAAACUACUUUCAAAAGUGUUAUUUAUGUUUCAGCAAUGGCGUCCCUAACCUGGAGUCAAAGAAUAUCUGCAUUUUCACUGAGUCCCUCUCAGUUCCUCUCCAGCAUAACAUCAGAUAGCUUCCUGGCGGAACUCCUGCGCGAACUGAGAGAUGACAAAGCCAGUGAUAACACAAAGGUUCUCCUGCUGUCUCCAUUCCUGGAACAUCCCACAAUCCUCUGCCCCACGGUCUCAGUUGGAGAGGAGACGGCACUGGAAUUGAUGUCCGUUCUGGCCCAGACGCCACCAAAAGCUGUCAGUCUCAAAUGCAAUCUGAUGGUAGCCAUAUCUACGGUCCUCAUUUGCACAACCUGCAUGGAGAGACAGCCCAAGGUGGCAGAGGAUUACCUGGACCAGCUGUUUCACACCAUUGAGGACACCAAUGACCACAGGGGAGGCUUGUCCCUCCAGCCCAUCCGAGCCACAUCCUGUGAAUGCCUACGGGAAAUGGAAAUGAGUUACCCAGGACUGUUGUCACAGAGACUAGAAACCCUUUAUCAAUUAAAGCAACUGGAGACCACUGUGGUUCAUCAAGCCUAUAGUGCUCUUUACACACUGACCCUCAAGAAUGCUGUUUUUCUCCUCUGUCAAAAGGAAGAAGUUGCUAAUGCUGAUCUAAAGACAGUGCUAUGUGCAAAUGAGGGAUUUGGAUGGAAAGCUAUCCAUAAACCUUUGCCACCUGCAAUCUUUAGUCAAAUGGAAGAGAUCCCACAGCUUAGGACAGGUGUGGACUGUAAAGAGUUGAAAUCAAUUGUGUCUUCAUUAUUGGAAGAGUCCUACCUUUUAACUCCCAUGUCCCAGGCCGCUUUGCUCAGAGAGCUCGUUGAUAUUGUUUCUAUGGUACCAUCCUUGUCCCCUGCUUUGUUCAAGUCCCAGCUGUUGCGGCUGUUUGGGACAGCUCAGGUGGAAUUGGUGCAUGCCACGCUGAUGAUGAAGAGUGCAUUCACUGAUAGUCUCUUUAGUCCUGAUGAUGAGAACUUCUUCCUGAAACGUCUUGUGUGCAUGGCUCAGCAUCCACUGCUCAAUAUCCCAGAGAAGCUCUUCUAUAUAGACUGUAUACGUCACUUCCCUGAGAACAGACCCAUCUCCAGCCAGGGAGAUGAAAGCCUACCUGUGCUGGUCACACCUCGCCUUACAAUAUCUCUCCUGCCGACUGUAUUCAAUGAUAGUAGCACCAUGCUUUGCCGUCUGAAACUCAUGUGCAUGGUGUACCUGGAGGCUGACGAGGGAGAGGACAGCAAGGGGGUGGCCUACUUAUUUGAUCAUUUGAUGGCACUCCUCAAAAUAGUUGAUAACCAUGGUCGCAGGGAAAUGGUGGUGACGGCAUUUAGAGCUGUCUUUAUUUUCCUUACUUACUUUUCUCAAAUGGAAAACCUGCCAGAAGUGCUUAUUCAGAAGUUAUCAGAGCUGUAUUCAAGGCAAUGCCGUCUUGCUCCAAAUUUAAUCAACUUGUGUGAUAGAAUUCAGGGUUGCAUGGAGGAUUCCGUGUGGUCUGUGAAAUUGCUGAAAAGCUUGCAGAGAUUGGUCGUGGAUAUGCCCCCAUCUCAGUUGACUCUGCAGAACUUCAGCUGGCAUCUCAAAAUCCUGAAAAGAGCAGCAGUGGAGAAACAGAUACCUCAGGGAAGCUCCCUUUACUUUCUGCUCAAAGUCCUAUACCACUCUAGCCUCUGUGAGAGGGGAGGUUGGAAAGUAGGUAAUGCAAUUCUCGCGGUGUGUCGCAAUCUACUCCUCCAUCCCUGUGUGAAUCAGGCCUCUGUCUCAGCUGAUCCCAUCCCGGAGCCCUACGACCUCCUGUUUGAUAACGCAGUGGAAGCGUACUACAAAGGGGACUGGAUGACAGUCAUCCUGAACAUGGAGCGAGCUUUAAAGAAUAAGGGUUUAGUCAGGAAAAUCAAGGCUCAAUGCAGACUUGCAUGCGCUAACCAGACAGCCUUUCUGGAAGGUAUUCCAGGCAUAGGACCUGCCAUACCCGGAGCUGGGUCCAUCGAAGACCUAGGCUUCUUUCAGUCAAUAUUAAAACGGGCCGACUGCAUAACUUCUUGCGAGAGUGAGAAGUUGGGACCGUACACACUUCACGAUGUCAGCGAUGAAACGCUGCUUGAAUUUCGGAAGAGGACCCCGUACAAUUACCUACAAGUCGCUUAUUUCAAGAUCAAAAAGCUUGACAGAGCAGUGUCUGCAGCGCACACAUUCUUUCUGGCCAACCCUGACCAUAUGGAGAUGAAGCAGAACCUGGAUUAUUACAAGUUGAUGGCAGGAGUUCAGGAGAGUGACUUCAAAGAUCUGGAGGCUCCACCACACAUGGUUGCCUUCCUUGAUGGGAAGAAGUUGUACAGUUCGGACAACUUUGCGGGAGCUGUUUCAUACUUGGAAAAGGCUGUGGAGGAGUUCUUCCCUGCCUAUGAGGAGUGUCGUGCCCUCUGUGAGGGAUCGUAUGACUAUGAUGGCUACAACUAUAUGGAGUACAAAGUGGACCUUUUCCAAGCAAUGACAGAUCACUUCCUGCAAGUUCUGAACUGCAAACAGAACUGUGUACUGGAGCUGGCUACCACUUCUGGAAAAGACAAGCCGUUUGAGGACUUCUUGCCAUCACUCUUCAAUUACCUUCAGUUCACCUACUUCAACAGUGAAAACUAUGAGAAGGCUGUUGAGUGUGCUAAAACCUACCUCCUAUUUCAUCCUGAGGAUGAGGUUAUGAAGCAGAACCUGGCAUAUUAUACUGUGGUUGUCGGAGAGGAAAAUGCUGCGACCAUACAUGAAAGAGAGGUGAUCAAACAGUACAUCAAGAAGUCUUUGUUGGAAAAGGAGCUCCUGUACUUUGGCUAUGAAAUAUUUGGAGUGACCUUUGUGGAUCCAGACCCCUGGACACCAGCUGAGGUCAUGCCAGUGAAAUUGAGGGAAAAGCAGAAGAAUGACCGUGAGACAGCUGCCCGCAUCACAGAGGAGAUUGGAAACCUAAUGAAGGAGAUUGAGACCCUUGUAGUGGAGAAGAACAAGGACUCAUCAGACCUCACCAAGAUUGUGUCCGAUGUUCCUCAAGCAGACAGUCAGCCUGUAGCACCCCCUGCAGAAUCUGUGCUUUUUGACUCGGUCAAAGUGACCAUGACGGCAAACAUGCUGAAUGGCACAGACCGAGUGCAGUUGGAUGGGGUCAUCACAGACGAUGAGUGCCGUGAGCUGCACCGCCUCUCCAACGCUGCAGCUAAGACCGGGGACGGCUAUGGCAAACCCUCACCACACUCCCCUAGUGAGAUGUUCCAAGGAGUGACCGUGCUCAAGGCACUUCAGCUUGGCCAGGAUGGCACGGUUCCUCUGAAGAGUGCUCGUGUCUUUUUCGACCUCAGCGAAAAAGUCCGCAAGAUCUUAGAGUCUUACUUCCACCUGCCGACCACGCUAUACUUCUCUUACUCCCAUCUGGUGUGCCGCACUGCUAUUGAGGAGAAACAGGAGGACCGCAAUGACCUGAGCCACGCUGUGCAUGCAGACAACUGCCUUCUGAUCUCAGAGUUGAAUGAGUGUGUCAAAGAGCCUCCAGCCUACACGCACAGAGACUACAGCGCUAUCCUCUAUCUGAAUGAUGACUUUGAGGGAGGCGAUUUUAUCUUCACAGAGAUGGAUGGAAAAACUGUCACUGCCACUGUGAGACCCACGUGUGGUCGUGUUGUGGGCUUUGGUGCAGGAAAAGAGAAUCCACAUGGGGUGAAAGCUGUCACCAAAGGCCAGAGAUGUGCAGUUGCCCUAUGGUUCACUCUAGACCCUCGCCAUGAAGAAAAGGAGCGGAUCCAAGCACAGGAGCUUCUAAACAUGCUCUCCUCUCCUGUGGAUGCGGAGUUCCAAGGCACACCGGAGGACAAGAGUGCAGAUACGCCGACACAAGCUGAUGACUCCCGACCUGUAGCACAGCCUGAUGGCUCAGAGGUGGCACAGGUUUCAAAGGAAGAGGAGCAAACCACUGCACAAGUGGCGCAGCAGGCUGAAAAACAGACAGACACGCCAGAGACCCCAGUUUCUGCUCAAAAUGAUGCUGCUCCUGAGGUAAAAAGCACAGGUGAUGCUGCUCCUGAAGUAAAAAGCACAGGUGACACAGAAAAAGACAAGAAGGAAUCCAAAACAGGCGAAAAGCCCAAGCCAAAGACAGCUGUGAAAACAAAACCAAAGCAGACAGACAAGACACAUGCGAAACAAGCAGACAAAACAAAAACGAAACAAGCAGACAAAUCAAAACCCAAACAGGCGGACAAAUCAAAACCCAAACAGGCGGACAAAUCAAAACCCAAACAGGUGGACAAAAAAGAGAGUACAUCCACAAAGAAGGCUGCAAAAAAAGCACCUGAUUCAAAGAAAGCCCAGGUGAAGACCACAGAUUCCAAAGCACAUAAGGAAGAGUUGUGAUUUUUAAUCACAUUUUUUUUUACUGUUUGUACGUUUGUGUGUUUUGUUCAUUUCAUUUAUGUAAAUGUGAUGGGUGCAGUAUGAUUAGGUCAAUAUUUUCUUAAAUGUCUGAAUAUUUGAAAGAUGCAAUAAAGAAGCAUCCACCACUGGAGAAAGGUUUGCAGCACUGAGCAAAAAUAUUCCCCUAAAUGUGUAUUGCGUCAUGAAUCCUAAAUAUUUUUUUGCCUUAAUUUAUUUGGCAAAAAUAUGUAUGGUCCAAUCUUUUUUAUCACUGUGAAAGGUCUUUUUAACAUCAAGUAGGGUACGCAGUCUACACAGCCCAUAUUAAUGGAAAGAUAAAUUAUUUUCAAUAAUUUCAAUAAGCCUUUGCCUGUCCACACAUUGUCCUUAAGCUGCUCUGCUUCUUGGACAGUUUUGCCUCAGGAAAAAUGCCCCCAAGUAUUGAUCUGUACAGAGAAUACUUUGUGCCUUAUGUAGAUGUAUGUGAUCUACCUGAUGUUCUAACUUCUGUUUGUACAAAACAUAAAUGAUUUUUAAAGAA